CAAUCACAGGCGCGGCUCAGUCAAGGUUGGCUUCAGUGCAGGAACAGAGGAACUGCUGCUGUCACUUAAGAAAGGUGUGUCUUCCCAGCCCAGUUGUCCAUCCAGCACCAUGGGAAAGAAGAGUCGAGUGAAGAUUCAGAAGUCCGGCUCAGGAGCCAGCACUGUGGUUUCCCCCAAGGAGAUGAUGAACCUGAUCUCUGAGCUGCUGCAGAAAUGCAGCAGUGCAGCACCCUCUGCUGGUAAAGAGUGGGAGGAGUACAUCCAGAUCAGAGGCCUGGUGGACAAGAUUCGCAAAAAACAAAAGGGUAUGUCCAUAGUAUUUGACGGCAGCAGAGAGGACUACUUUCCAGAGUUGUUGUCCUGGGCUCAGGAAAAUGGGGCGUCCUGUGACAGCUUCACAGUGGCCAACUUUGGAAUGGAGGGCUACGGCCUGCGGGCCACCAGAGACAUCAAGGCAGAGGAACUCUUCCUGUGGAUUCCCAGGAAGAUGCUAAUGACAGUGGAGUCUGCCCAGAACUCUGUACUGGGUCCCCUCUACAGCCAGGACAGGAUCCUUCAGGCCAUGGGCAACGUGACACUGGCUUUUCACCUGCUGUGUGAGAGGGCAAACCCUGCUUCAUCCUGGUUGCCGUACAUACGCAGUCUUCCUCAGGAGUACGACACGCCGCUUUUCUACCAGCAGGAUGAGGUGCAGGUGCUUCUGGGCACACAGGCAGUGCAGGACGUCCUGAGCCAGUACAAAAACACGGCACGCCAGUACGCUUACUUCUACAAACUGGUACAGACUCAUCCCGCCGCCAGCAAACUGCCCCUGAAGGACAGCUUCACAUUUGAUGACUACAGGUGGGCGGUGUCCUCCGUGAUGACCCGCCAGAACCAGAUCCCAACUGAAGACGGCAGCAGGAUCACUCUGGCCCUGAUCCCCCUCUGGGACAUGUGUAACCACACAAAUGGACUGAUCACCACCGGCUACAACCUGGAGGAUGAUCGCUGUGAAUGUGUGGCGCUGCAGGACUACAAGGAGAAUGAACAGAUUUACAUCUUCUAUGGCACACGAUCCAAUGCCGAGUUUGUCAUCCACAACGGCUUCUUCUUCCAAGACAAUGCCCACGACAGAGUGAAGAUCAAGCUGGGCGUCAGUAAGAGCGAACGCCUCUACGCCAUGAAGGCCGAAGUGCUGGCACGAGCCGGCAUCCCAGCGUCCUGUAUCUUUGCUCUGCACUGUAAUGAACCCCCCAUUUCAGCCCAGCUCCUAGCCUUCCUCAGAGUCUUCUGCAUGACAGAAGAGGAACUGAAGGACUACCUGCUGGGAGAUGGUGCGGUCAAUAAGAUCUUUACUCUGGGCAACAGCGAGUUCCCUGUCAGCUGGGAGAAUGAGAUCAAGUUGUGGACUUUCCUUGAGACCCGAGCCGCUCUUCUUCUCAAGACCUACAAGACCACCUCACAGGAGGACUGCUCCAUGCUUGAGAAACCUGACCUAUCUCUCCAUUCUCGCGUGGCGAUCCAGCUUCGGCUGGCUGAGAAGCAGAUCCUAGAGAAGGCGUCAGCCAGCGGGCGUGCCAAACGUCUGCAUUUUGAGAAGAAGCUGGAGGAUGGCGCUCCCCUGCCUCGGUACGAGGAAAGCGAUAUUGCUUUGCUGGAGAACACUGACGCAGAUGCAAAGCUUCCUAUCAUUCUACGCAAGCUUGAGGAGGUUGAAGAAGGCCAGGAGAUGCAGGUGGAGGAACACAGUCACCUCCUCAAUGGGGAGAAGGAUGUGUUUGGUAUGGAUAUGGAGGCUAAUGGAGAGCCUGUGCAGGAGGAGACUCGGGAGAAGAUCAGAAAAGAUGUUUAUUCAACUUUGGACUCGAUUGGAAGUUCAACCCAGAGCGGCCAAAGGGAAGUGGCCAACCUAAGUGCCAGUCGAACUGAAGAUGAUCCCAAAGAGAACAGUGAAUAAAUUGAUUUCACUUAAUGCCACAGCUCAUGCUAUUUAUUUAUUUUUGUGUCUGUUAAAUGACUCAGAAAUAGAAAAGCUGAUAAAAAUGGAAUUUGAAGUCACAGAACUGUUCUGAUCUUACGUUCAUCCAGCGUGGCUUUUCUUGGUUUUUCCGCUUCAGAACACAUUUUAAAAUGCUGCCAGUGUGUCCUUCAGCCUUCUGUGCUGAACCGCUUUUGCCUAAAAUUAGCUUCUUUUCUUUUUUUUUUUACAUUUGAAACUUUACAUUGAAUCAGCUGGAAGCCUACAGGAUCGGAAGAAAGUGAUGGGGGGGGGGGG